AUGGUAAUCAACUUUAUGGAACAAUUCCUUCCACUAUCGGAAAUUGGAAAUUUAACGAAAGUAAGUGCAUUAUCUCUUUUAUCAAACGAUCUCACUGGGAAUAUUCCAACAGAAAUGAAUAGGCUUAACAAAUUGAAGAUUCUGCAGUUUGGUGAUAAUAAUUUCAUAGGUCAUUUACCUCCCAAUAUAUGUAGUAGUGGAAAGUUAACUGUGUUCUCGGCUAGAAAUACUCAGUUCACAGGUCCAAUUCCAAAGAGUUUGAAGAAUUGUUCAAGUCUAAAGAGAGUGAGACUUGAACAAAACCAACUUGCUGGAAAUAUAACAGAUAGCUUUGGUGUGUGUCCAAACUUGUACUACAUGGAAUUGAGUGGUAAUAAAUAUUUUGGCCAUAUUUCACCUAAUUGGGGAAAACGCAAGAAUCUCAUAAGCCUUAAAAUCUCCAACAAUAAUUUAACAGGGAGUAUACCACUAGAAUUGGUUGGGGCAACCAAUUUACAUUUACUUGAUUUGUCCUCGAAUCAACUAACAGGAGAAAUUCCAAUGGAGCUAGGCAACUUAUCUUCAUUGAUCCAACAACUCUCGAUAAGUAGCAAUUACUUUUCAGGGGAAGUUCCUGUACAAAUUGCCUCAUUGAAGGAAGUUGCUAUCUUGGAGCUGGCAACAAAUAAUUUAAGUGGCUUCGUCCCAAAACAACUUGGAAGAUUAUCUAUGUUAUUACACUUAAAUAUGAGCCAAAAUAAGUUUGAAGGAAACAUUCCUGAUGAGAUUGGACAGUUAAAAGUUAUUGAAAAUCUUGAUCUUAGUGGGAAUUCUUUGAAUGGAACCAUACCAACAAUGCUUGGACAGUUAAAUCGCUUAGAAACAUUGAAUCUUUUUUGUACCAUUCCCUUGACCUAUGGUGAGAUGUCAGGCUUGACAACUGUUGAUAUAUCAUGCAACCAAUUGAAGGGUCCAAUUCCAAAAAUUUCAUCCUUCCUACAAGCCCCAUUUGAAGCAUUAAGAAAUAACAAAGGCUUGUGUGCCACUGAAGAUUUUGACAGCAAGAUCAAUCUCAUUGGGGUUGGAGUACAUGGAAGUGAUUACAAAGCAGAGUUGCCUACUGGUCAAGUGGUAGCUGUGAAGAAACUCCAUUCACUACCAAAUGGAGAUGGUAGCAUGGACAACAUUUUGAAGGACAAUGAACAAGCUAGUGAAUUUGAUUGGAAUAGAAGGGUGAAUGUCAUUAAAGAUAUAGCUAAUGCUUUAUGCUAUCUACAUCAUGAUUGUUCCCCUCCUAUUGUUCAUCGAGAUAUAUCCAGCAAGAAUGUUAUUUUGGAUUUGGAAUAUGUAGCUCAUGUCUCAGACUUUGGAACAUCUAAAACUUGCAUACACAAUGGAAGUAAUGAGAAAUGUGAUGUGUAUAGUUUUGGGGUAUUAACCUUGGAAAUACAUUUUGGAAAGCACCCUGGAGAUAUUGUAACUUAUUUGUGGCAACAACCUUCACAAAGUGCUACGGACCUGACAAUUGAUACUAUUCCAUUGAUGGAUAUGUUAGACCAACGUCUCCCUCGUCCUACAAAUGACAUCAUUGUUCACAAGGUGGCAUCGAUGAUAAGGAUUGCAGUUGCUUGCUUAACUGAAAGCCCGCGUUCUCGCCCUACCAUGGAGCAGGUCUGCAAGCAGUUUGUAAUGUCAUAA